GCUUCUGAUCUUCUCUUCCUGCAAAUACCCAUUUUCUAAUGGCUUCUUCGAAGCUCCUAAGCCAACCUCGGUGGCACCGUCUCCUUGGAACAAACCUUUUCAAUGUCAGGCUCUUUUCUGAUUUGGCUUCUCAGCACCCUGUUUCUGAUCCUGAACCCAAAUCUAAUAACAAGUUCAAAAAUACUUCUUCAACUCCCUCUUCAUUGAAGGAAGCUGAGCUCGCCAAGUUCGCUGCCAUUGCCGAUACUUGGUGGGAUUCUGAAGGACCAUUUAAACCAUUGCAUAAAAUGAACCCUACCAGGCUAGCUUUCAUCCGCUCUACCCUUUGUCGGCAUUUCCGAAAGGAUCCUCUCUCUGCUAGGCCCUUUGAAGGAUUAAGGAUUAUUGAUGUCGGUUGCGGUGGUGGUAUUCUUUCAGAGCCAUUGGCUCGAAUGGGAGCAAUUGUCACUGGAAUUGAUGCAAUAGAGAAAAACAUCAAGAUUGCCCGUAUUCAUGCUAAUUUGGACCCAACAACCUCAAAUAUCGAAUACUGUUGCACAACAGCAGAAAAGCUGGUUGACGAACAAAGACAGUUCGAUGCAGUGAUUGCUUUAGAGGUGAUUGAGCACGUAGCAGAUCCUGCUGAAUUCUGCAAAUCUCUCUCGGCUUUAACUGCUCAUGAAGGAGCUACCGUGGUUUCAACAAUUAACCGCUCUAUGAGAUCAUAUGCAACUGCCAUCGUUGCUGCAGAGUACCUGCUACAUUGGCUGCCUAAAGGCACACAUCAAUGGUCAAGUUUCCUUACCCCUGAAGAACUCACCAUGAUUUUAAAGCACUGUUCGAUCCACGUGAGAGAGAUGGCCGGAUUUGUGUUCAACCCGAUAACAGGGAGAUGGUCUCUAUCAGAUGAUAUUAGUGUAAAUUUUAUUGCGUUUGGUACAAAAGAAACUCAUGAAGAAUAGGGUUGUUACGGUGUGUGAGAAUAACAACAUUACAUUGGAUUUUGUUUAGGGCUAAAGCAAAUU